GAAUAAGGCUUAGAGGGGUCUUGUGAACUGCUUUUGAGGGGGUGUGGGCUUUGGGAUUCUAACCCUACAACCUGUUGCGUUCCCCUCUGAUCCUCUCUCUUAAGAUGAGCUUCUAGUUGAGGGAACUUUGUUGGCCUUGAGUCUCUGGAGCCCUCUGCAUGGCUGUCCCCUGGAUGGGGUACAGUCAGUGUCCAGGGUGAACGUGUCCACCACAGUCCUGAUGCCCUCCUCUGCCUGAAUUGUCGUUUUUCCAGUUUCCAUGGCAGCCCCUAUCCCUGAGGUCUUUGAAAGGCUAGAUGUAUUCAGGGCCUCAAGAAAGUCUCCACCAAGGCUCUAGGGUGAUUCGUCUCAGAGAUUCCUCAAGAACUGAGCCCUUUGCAGGACUCAUGCCCCAGCCUGUGCCCCUAUGACCAGGUGGAUAGCACUCCUUGUGCCUGCGACCCAGAACCCUGGCUGACCACAUUGAAGCAGGAUGCUCCAGCAGGUUAAUGGCCAGAGUUCAGGCUCUGAUGCCCAUGGCAGGGAAUCCCUCAGAGAAGACCUGCAGGCGUUCCUGGGCGGGGAGGCCCCGCUGCACCAGCUGGAUGACCUCACUAAGGUGAAUCCUGUGACGCUGGAGACAGUCCUGAGGUGUCUGCAGGCCCGGUACACGGCAGACACGUUCUACACCAGAGCUGGCUGCACCCUGGUGGCUCUGAACCCCUUCAAGCCCAUCCCUCAGCUCUAUUCACCAGAGGUGAUGCAAGAGUACCACACUGCUCCUCAGCCCCAGAAACUGAAGCCCCACAUCUUCACUGUGGGUGAACAGACCUACAGGAAUGUCAAGAGCCUGAUCGAGCCAGUCAACCAGUCUAUUGUCGUCAGUGGAGAGAGUGGUGCUGGAAAGACAUGGACGUCCCGCUGCCUGAUGAAGUUCUACGCUGUGGUGGCCGCAUCACCCACAUCCUGGGAAAGCCACAAGAUUGCAGAGAGGAUUGAACAGCGAAUCUUGAACUCCAACCCUGUCAUGGAAGCUUUCGGGAACGCGUGCACACUGAGGAAUAACAACAGUAGCCGCUUUGGGAAGUUCAUCCAGCUCCAGCUGAACAGGGCCCAGCAGAUGACUGGAGCUGCAGUUCAGACCUACUUGCUAGAGAAAACUCGAGUGGCCUGCCAGGCCUCCAGUGAGAGGAACUUCCACAUUUUCUAUCAGAUCUGCAAAGGAGCCAGUGCGGACGAGAGGCUCCAGUGGCACCUCGCUGAGGGAGCCGCCUUCUCCUGGCUGCCCAACCCAGAGAGGACCUUGGAAGAGGAUUGUUUCGAGGUGACCAGGGAGGCCAUGCUUCAUUUGGGCAUCGAUGCCCCCACCCAGAACAACAUCUUUCAGGCCCUAGCUGGACUGCUGCACCUCGGCAACACCCGCUUUGCUGACUCCGGGAACGAAGCCCAGCCCUGCCCACUGAUGGACGAUGCUAAGUGCUCUGUCAGGACAGCGGCCUCACUGCUGCGGCUCCCAGAAGACCCUCUGCUGGAGACACUGCGGAUUCGAACCAUCAGGGCAGGCAGGCGGCAGCAGGUGUUCCGGAAGCCCUGCUCCCGGGCCGAGUGUGACACCCGCAGAGACUGUCUGGCCAAACUGGUCUAUGCACGGCUGUUUGACUGGCUGGUGUCGGUGAUCAACAGCAGCAUCUGUGCGGACCCCGACUCCUGGACCACUUUCAUAGGCCUGCUGGACGUGUACGGGUUUGAGUCUUUCCCCACCAACAGUCUGGAACAGUUGUGCAUCAACUACGCCAACGAGAAGCUGCAGCAGCACUUCGUGGCUCACUACCUCAGGGCCCAGCAGGAGGAGUACACAGCUGAGGGCCUGGAGUGGUCGACUGUCAGCUACCAGGACAACCAGACCUGUUUGGAUCUCAUCGAGGGGAGCCCCGUCAGCAUCUGCUCCCUCAUAAACGAGGAAUGCCGCCUUAAUCGGCCAAGCAGUGCAGCCCAGCUCCAGACACGCAUUGAGAGUGCCCUGGCGGGCAGCCCCUGCCUGGGCCACAACAAGCUCAGCCGGGAGCCCAGCUUCAUCGUGGUGCAUUACGCGGGGUCUGUGCGGUACCACACCGCAGGCCUGGUGGAGAAGAACAAGGACCCCAUCCCCCCUGAGCUGACCAGGCUCCUGCAGCAGUCCCAGGACCCCCUGCUCAAGGUGCUGUUUCCUGCUGACCCUGAAGAGAAGUCCCAGGAGGAGCCCUCCGGCCAGAGCAGGGCCCCCGUGUUGACCGUGGUGUCCAAGUUCAAGGCCUCCCUGGAGCAGCUUCUGCAGGUCCUGCAUAGCACCACACCCCACUACAUUCGCUGCAUCAAGCCCAACAGCCAGGGCCGGGCGCAGAUGUUCCACCAAGAGGAGGUCCUGAGCCAGCUGGAGGCCUGUGGCCUCGUGGAGACCAUCCACAUCAGUGCCGCCGGCUUCCCCAUCCGGGUCUCUCACCGGAACUUCGUGGAGCGGUAUGAGUUACUGAGAAGGCUCUGUCCUGGCGCAGCCCCCAGCCCCCAUGGCCCACCCCCAGAUGAAGGGCGCUCAGAAUGGUCUCCAGGCUCCGAGCAGGCCACGCUGCAAGCCCUCCUCCAGGACAUCCUCCACACUCUGCCAGCCCUGGCUCGGGCACCAGCUGAGGCCACGCUGGCCCCAGUGCACUGUGGCAGGACCAAGGUGUUCAUGACUGACUCCGCGCUGGAGCUUCUGGAACGCGGGCGUGCCCAGGUGCUGGAGCAGUGUGCCCGCUGCAUCCAGGGUGGCUGGAGGCGACACCGGGGCCGCAAGAAGGAGAGGCAGAGGCGGGCCGCCGUGCUCAUCCAGGCAGCCGUUCGUUCCUGGUUAACUCGGAAGCACAUCCAGAGGCUGCACGCAGCUGCCACGGUCAUCAAACGCGCGUGGCAGGAGUGGAGAGUGAGUACUGACCUGAGAAGUCAGGGUGGGCAAUGAUGGACCCGGGCUGGAGCGCUGGCCCCGCCACUGCAAAGCGGGCGGCCUCGUGUCCUCAUGAAUGAAGUGGACACGACACCGCCUACACCGCAGGACGGUUAUGACACGGUCGAGUGGCACAAGCUAAAAACCAUGGAACUGUGCGCUUGAAAAGCA